CCCUUCAUACCAUAAUUCAAUUCAAUCCCACAGUGAAUGCCCACAGAUUUUGAGCAGGUGGACGGUGAUAAACCAGUUUUUCCCUCUCAAGCUUUUCACAAUGGCUUCAAUGGCGUCUUCCAGCCCUUAUUGUUUCUGCAGUCGUUACAGAAAGGUUCGUUCACGCUCUGUUUCCACUUCCACCUUCCCCCGUAUCCUCCUCUGUCACAAGCCGGAAAACCGCGACAAAUCGCCUGAAAACAUCAAUCGAAGGGAAAUAGUUUUGCGGAGCAGUGAGUUAGCGAUCAUUGGAGCGAUUUUUAACUUGAGUGGGAAAAAGCCUGAGUAUCUUGGUGUGCAGAAAGGCCAACCAAGUUUGGCCCUGUGUCCAGCAACUAGAAACUGCAUCUCUACUGCAGAAAAUGUCAGCGAUCUCACCCAUUAUGCUCCACCAUGGUGCUACAAUCCAGAAGAAGGAAGAGGCAAGAAAAACCCUGUUAGCAGAGAAGUGGCAAUGCAGGAACUGAUCCAAGUGAUAAAAUCAACAAAACCCGAUAAGUUUACGCCGAAGAUCGUAGAGCAGAAAGAUGACUAUUUAUUAGUGGAAUACGAAACUCCCAUAAUAGGGUUUGUGGACGACGUCGAGUUUUGGUUUCCACCAGGCAAGAAGUCGAUAGUAGAAUACCGAUCAGCAUCCCGAAUCGGGAACUUCGAUUUCGAUAUCAACAGAAAGAGGAUCAAGGCUUUGAGAUUGGAAUUGGAGAAGAAAGGAUGGGCUACAGUUGACAGUUUUUAAGGAAAAUUCUAUAUUUCUUGAGGAAAUAUUAAAUGGAGGGUAGUGUUCUUUAUGCAAUCCCUCCUACAUCUCAAUUUGUUGAUAUAAUGGGCCCAAAAAAUUGGCUCCCACAAGCUCGUAUUACAUAUGUGCACCCUUUGAUCUCCAUCUUGGAGGAAUUUAGCUACACUCUGUAUUGAGAAUCGAAUCGAGGAGAUAAAAGAUAUCUAGAUAGAAUUUAUGGAUAUACUUGAGAAAAUUAAUCUCCAUGAUGAAUUUGAGCAUAAUUCAAUGAAUAAGAUAUUUAGAUAGAAUCUAUGAAUAUCUUGUCUUCCGUUUUAUAGUUGAGAAAAGUAAUCUCGAUGAUGAAUUCGAGCACAAUUCAGUAGAUAAGAUAUCUAGAUAAAAUUUA